UAAUAAAUACUUGAACAAUACAUAUAAUUAUUGUGCCAAGUUAAAUUAAAUUCUAGCGCAUACACAGAAUUCAUAAAACGGCAAGAGCGCAGUGACUUGUUGUUGUUGCAGCGGCAUGACUUGUUUACCAAACCGUUAAAAGAAAAAAUGAUAAAUACAUACAAGUUUUUGUUAUUGAUGGCAGUGUUAGAUAGCGCCUUGUAAAGAAGAAGACAUCAGACAAAGAUAGCCCGCGAAUAAUUACAAACUAAAAAUAACAAAAGCACAAAUAAAAAACGAAAACACAAUGACAUCAACGUCUACGAUUAAAAAAAUUACAAUCCUAUUUGGCAUCGUCUGCUCGGUCUUUGCCUUGGUGUUAAUUUCGUUCGGCGUUUAUGUGCUCUCGUCCUAUAGAGUCAAUGAAGUCGGGGCUUUGGCCGCCUAUUCAUAUAUUGGUUUAGGUGUGGCCACAAUUGUUGUAUUCUUGCUGGGAUUCUUUGGUGCGGCUCGCGAAAGCGUUUGUUGUACGAUUACGUUUAUCGCUUUCCUUUGGAUUGUGAUGAUAGGCCAAAUCGCAGUCACUUUCCUAUUGGUGAGAGGGGAGCAAUCAACAGCAUCACAUGUCUCGAAUAAUUUGGAUGUGGCUUGGGAAGAAGAGCUGAACAGCCCUGGAGCCAUGUCUCUGUAUGAGACUUGGCUCGGUUGUUGCGGUCGGGCAAGCCCUCACGAUUAUAUAGCCAAUGAUCGCAUGCCGCCAAUAACGUGCUUCAAGAAUGGCGAUAAUACGAAAAGUGAAAAUCUGAUCGGCAUCGGCUGUCGCAUAAUGUUUGAGGACUACUGGCUAAGCUUGUUGCGUUCCUUCAAUAUAAUCGCUUGUGUGAUGAUUGCUUUGGAGUUAUUGGGUAGCGUGAUAUCGUGCUGCCUGUGCAACAGCAUACGCAAUGAUCACAGGCGCUCCUAUUAUUAACCUCAUAUGCGCCCAGUGUUGCAUAGCGUUGAUUUUUAGAUUUGUGUUACUUCUAUUAGCUAUUUACAAAUUUUUUUGUAGAGUACACAAAAAUAAAUACGAACAAUAGUUUAUUAGCCUAGGUAUUUAUAUAAUUUAUUUAUAUAAGUUGCUUACUCUAAAUGAAAGCCUUAAUAGUUUUUUGCUUUUUAAGUUGUUGUAUAUUUUACUCUCUAACUAACUGUGAAUAUAAAUUUGUCAAUUCGUUAUUUAUAUUAAAAAAAUAAUAUUAAAAUUACACAAGAAAACGCUAUGAAAUACAUAAAAUGAAAACGGAAUGUUGCUGCAGCUGAAGUUAUUAUGUAAUUGUUAAAAUUGGAACAAGUUAAAAAAAGAAAAUUAUUCCGUAAUUAAAGUGAAAUUUAUGAAAUUAAUACUAACCUAAAAAUAUAUUGUACUUUGAGGGUGAAAAAAUAAAAUUUUAUAAAAAUAUUUAUAUGUACAUAUAAGCGCACUCAUACAUAUGUAUACUCAUAAGAAUAUGAAACAAAAUUACUGCUAAUUUUGUUAUUUUUUACGAAUUUGCGCUUAAAUGUUUCGCUUGUGAGUUUAACUCACGCCUUCAUAUGUAAAUAAAAUGUACAAAUGUUUGAAAAAGUUCUGCAUACGGGUUUCUUUGUAUGGCUAAUUGGCUAAUCUGCUUGCAAUUAAUAGAAUUUGGCACGAUUGGAAGCACAACAAACAACGUGCUUAGCUUAGCACAGUGGUAUCAAGUUGAUUAAAAUUGGAAAAUUAUAUUUUUCUUCGCACUCAUUAUUUAUUUAUAUAUAUAUAUAUAUAAAAUUUAUAGUGAGUAUUUUAAUUUGUUAAUUUUAGUUCAAAAUUAUUUUUCAAAAUUUUUUAUAUGUAUUUUAGAUUUUUAUGCGAAACAUGCAUAUUUGGUCCUGUCAUUUUUAUUAUUUUCGUGAAUGAUACCCUUGCUUCCACAAAAAAGUUUUUCAUAAUUUAAAAAAAAAGUGGUAUUUAAUGUGGUCUAUGCGUACAAUUUUUUCUAUGGUAAAACUUGUGUUGGCGAGAGUUGAGUUUAUAGCGUAAAUUUGAUCUACUAUAAUGUUAAUUAUCAAUGUGAAACUCAGUUUAAUUGAGUAUGUCUUAAUAAUGCAAAAAUUAUAUAGAUUCAUUAUUUUUUGAACUUA